CCAGCAUGCGAACGUGGUGCUUCCUCGCGCUUCUCGUUGGCGUGACGGCCACCAACAGCACGCGCCACCUCGCGACUGUGGGCCAAUGCAGCAGCGCCGAAGACAACGUCGACUACUGGGGCAACGACGUGGCGGGUCAGGCCGUCGGCAGUGCCAGCGCGUGCUGUGACCUCUGCGGCGCCAACAACCAGUGCGCGAUUUCCGUCUACACGGGCGGCAUGUGCUAUCUCAAGAGCGGUCGCGGCGCCCGGUCGACCAAGCAAGGCGCCGUGGCCCUUCCCAAGCCGUCCUCGCCGUACCCGACCGAGGCCAACACGGACUACUGGGGCAAUGACUUUGAUGCCAAGACGGCGACCAGUGUCGGCGAGUGCGCUACGUACUGCGCCGCCAACUCGCAGUGCGUCGUCUCUGUCCUCACGGGUAGCACGUGCUACCUCAAGAACAAACUCGGCGCCAAGUCGGUCAACAAUGGCGCGACGGCCAUCCGCGUCGGCGGCAAUACGGCGACUUCGUGCACGCAGCAAGCCAACACAGACUACUACGGCAACGACAUUGGCAGCACCAAACCGUCGAGCGCGUCCGGCUGCUGCGCUGACUGCGCUGCCAACGCCCAGUGCCUCGUGGCGGUGUACACGGGCGGCACUUGCUGGCUCAAGAACAAGGUCGGCGGUAGCUCGUACAACAACGGCGCAGUCGCCGUCUUCUCGGGUCGCGCGCCUGUGCCGGCUACGGGCGGCUCGAGUGUUCCGUUCCAGAACCUCAAGGCCCAGUACAAGUACCCGAUCAAGGGCGGCGGCACCUACAACAUGGUGACCAACUACCAGAGCUGCGCGCGCCAGAGCCAGCGCAGCGAUAGUUCGAUUGGCCCCUUGAGCGAGCAAGUGUCGAUGAUCUUUCGAGGGCCCAUGUACAUCUUCGGCAUCUCGGUCUUCCAGCCGUCGGGCGGCAACUGGAACCGCGUCUCGUCGUGGACGCCGCAGCAGUCCAACAACUUGGUAUUUAUGAACAACCUCAACCCGAACAAGUACAACAACCAGCCGCCGCAAGGCUACGCGCAGGCCGACGGCAUGGGCUUCUCCGAGACGCCUGUCCAGUUUGGCGGCUGGCUCCGCGACGCGUCCGACCCAAGCAACAUAUUUGGUGGUCCUGGUAUCGCGACCGGCGCCGAAGUCAACAUCAUGCAACCCUCCAAGUGCUCGGCCACCGGUGGCUGCCUCGGUGUCUUUGACCAAAAGUACGGCCUGAACGGCUGGGGCGGCAGCAAGAUCUUUGUUGUCAAGGCCAUCAUGUACGGCUCGGGUCUGCCCGCGAUCUGGAUGCUCAACGCCCAAGUGAUGCGUGCGAACCAGUAUGGUUGCAACUGCCGCGGUAUGGCGGACCCUGGUGGCUGCGGCGAGCUCGACAUCGCCGAGGCGAUUCCGAACGGCGGCAACAACCUCGCGACGCACUACUACUACCUCAACACGCACCCGUCGCCGGGCCACGACACGUGGACGACGCGCCCGACGAGCCGCGCGGCAACGUUUGUGACCAUCUUGGACGAAGCCUCGGGCACGAUCAAGGUCAUGCACUUUACGGACGACGACUACGACAAGUUCUUUGACACGAACGCGCUCUCCAACGAUGCAGUAAACGCCAUGAUCUCGCGCUAAGCGAUAUAGUAGUAGUAGAGUCCUCGACGAAGAUGAUGAUUUCCAACAUAAAGCAUUGGUUGGUG